CUUCAGCGGAGGUGGCGCCAGUAAGGGCGGAAGCAGUAUCUGGGGUCCGGCCUGGGGUGCGGUCCCCGCCGGGCUGCAGCCCAGUGUGGGCUGCUGCGAUGGAACUCAGCGCCGAGAACCUCCGGGAGAAACUGCAGCGAGAGCUGGAAGCUGAGCAUGUGGAGGUAGAGGAUACCACUCUCAACCGUUGCGCGUGCAGCUUCCGAGUCCUGGUGGUGUCCUCGAAGUUCGAGGGGAAGCCGCUGCUACAGAGACACCGGCUGGUGAACGCGUGCCUAGCAGAGGAGCUCCCGCACAUCCAUGCCUUUGAGCAGAAGACCCUGACCCCGGAGCAGUGGACCCGUGAACGGCAGAAAUGAGGGCCUGGGACUUGCACAGCCAUUAAACUGUCAUUCAGGACCA